AUGAAGCCCGCGAUCACGCGUUACCUGAAUGGGGAGCUGCGCGCCUACCAGGUACCCAGCGCCGUGGACGAGCCACUAGGACCGGUAGCGACCUACCGGAUCGAGCCCGAGGACGAAGAAGUCCUGAGCCAUGCGGCCGCCCCAGACCUCAACCGGGCAGUCUUCACGACCUGCAACAAGGCGAUAUGCAUUGGCCAGGAUGGUGGCAUGCUAUGGCGCUACGAGUUCGAGCCUCAUACUACCCAGGACUUCCCUAGGACUGCGUGUAUAUUUUCCCUCGACGGGAACUGGGUGUGGUUAUAUCGACCCGACGCGAUGACGAGUCGUGGCCCCGACCUGUUGGUAGUUUUGCGUGCCGACACGGGUGAGGUGGUCGCCCGGGAGGAGCUAGACAGCGUCGGGCAGGGAGCCGAGCUCGUGCAACAUCCCGACGGUCGUCAUGUCAUGCUAGAUGUGGGCGAGGGCCAGGACGGGGUGAAACUCUUCCUCGUGGCGCUCACCGAUGGCGGCAUAGACCUACACUCCUACGGGUGGGACGACCAGUUCCUGGUUGACAUCGCGCCCGGCGGGUGGCUUUUUAUGACCAUCGACGACUGCCGGUCCUACGUCGCCUUUCGCGCCUUUCCUAGUGGAGAGAUGGUGCUACACUUGCCCAUCACGGCUUUCGGUUAUGAGGAUGAUGAUUCACUUAUGGAUUGGAACGGCGGCUUUCUCAGCCCAUAUGUUGCAAUUGUCACGAUUACGGGCGAGCUGGACAACAAAUUGUGGCAUCACCAUUAUAAGGUCGACAUACGCACUGGUAAAUCGCUCGACCGCUUCGAGGCGCACUCUCGCGAUAGCUACGACCUCAAAACCCUCGGUGAUGGUACUUGGGUCGUCUCCGAUCUAGACGGUAACCCAAUACGUCACCGGUAG